AUUUCCUGAGAACUGCCUGAGCCGAGCAGCUGAGAGGCAGAAGGGGAGGGAGCUGCUCACUCACAUACACUCUCACUCACACACACACACACACACACACACACACACACACACCACACACUUUUUCACACACACAUACAUACGCGCAGAGUGAGAGGAGAGGAGAGGAGAGGGAGAGGAGGAGAGGAGACAGAGAGGACUGUAGAAAGGAAAACAGUCUCCUAGUCUCCACGGCUCUGCAGCUUCUGACAAGGCAGCCUAAGAAACAGGAUGUUAAUGCUUGACGGAAUGCCUGCAGUCCGAGUCAAAGCUGAGCCCCUGGAAUCGGAACAAGGGUCACCUAAAGUGCGCCCUUAUUCUGCGAUGGACGGCGUCCCCUUCUUCCUCAGCAGAGUUAAACCCGAACCUCCAGAAGACCUGCUCGCUCACGACCUGCACUUCCACACACAGACCGAGCCUGUCGACCUGUCGAUCAACAAACCCCGUCCCUCCUUUUCAUCCACCACCACUUCAUCAUCUUCCCCCCUCAGAUCCGCUUUCUCCCCAUCCUCUUUAUCGUCGUCAUCCUCCUCCUCCUCCUCCUCUCCCUCGGUUAUCACCUCAGCCUCAUCGGUGCUCACGCCAGGCCCUCUGGUUGCCCCUGGAAGCGGGGUGAGAGGUCAGCCGUAUUUGCACAUCCUGCACUCUGUGCCGCCGCCUCCAUCCAGCCCUCUGAGCCUGCAGGGAGCAGGGAAGCUGGCCAGCCAUGUUCAUCGCAUCCCAGUUGUGGUACAGUCACUGCCCCUCAUGUAUACCACUGCCGUUCGAUCACCCUCCAGCCUCAACAAUGCCAUUAUGCUACCUCUGCUGGAAGAGGCCAAAAGCCAGGGCAAAGCACACACAGACCACAACGGCCUGUCGCCAAGGCAGAUCAAAAGUGACAGUGAUGACGACGACCUGCCAAACGUGACCUUGGACAGUGUUAAUGAGACCGGCUCCACUGCGCUGUCUAUAGCCCGCGCCGUACAAGAUUCCAUGUCCCCGUUCAGUAUUGACAGCAUACGGCGCCCCCGGAGGUCAGAGUCACCAGAUUCCAAAAAGAGAAGAAUCCACAGAUGUGACUUUGAGGGCUGCAAUAAGGUGUACACCAAAAGCUCCCACUUAAAAGCACACAGGAGGACACAUACAGGGGAAAAGCCAUACAAAUGCACUUGGGACGGCUGCACGUGGAAGUUUGCCCGCUCCGAUGAGCUGACGAGGCAUUACAGAAAACACACAGGGGUGAAGCCCUUCAAGUGUGCAGACUGUGACCGCAGCUUCUCCAGAUCUGACCACUUGGCCCUACAUCGACGGAGACACAUGCUGGUGUGAAUCAGACGGAGAGAGAUAAAGAGAGAGAGAGAUCAAUGGGACAGACACACACACACACACACACACACACACACACACACACAUCAACGCACAGAGGCAGCCGGGGGAGCGGGAUCUCCCUAUGAAUGUUUUUCAGCUGGCCUGGACGCACACACAUAGACACACACACACACACACACACACACACACACACACACAUACACACUCUCAUCCGUCAUGAGGAGAGAAGAUGGAGAGGGGCACAGAGCUUGUGGAGCACAAAACAGGGUCACUUCUGGAUCCUCUGGGUUGGAAGGAAUAGACGGCAGGAUCUGUUAUUGUCAUUGUUUGGAGUAUAAUAGGGAACGGUCUUUUACAGCACUGUUUGUAAAUGUUUCACUUUGAUUUUUAGGAUGAACUCGCACUCUUUGUUUGGACAAAAAAAAACAUAAAAUGCAAUCGCAACUGUCUCUUUUUGGUAUCUUUCUUUUCAUUAUCAUUUUAAUGGCUGCUUUUCCAGCAUUCAUAAUGUGAAAGACCCCGUUGUAUGGAAUACAUUUCCUGUGCGAGCAGAAAGAAGUGAAGCCUGGACUGGAUCACAGGAAAGGACUUGGGCCUAGUUGGAAUUACAGGCAGUAUUGUUGUGCCGUGCCUCCCUGUGAGUCUGAUUUGAGACCAGCAGAGGGUAUCAUUUUACCACUGAUGGUUUCCUUUGCCUGCUGGAGCUUGCUGUUCUAUCCGAGGCAUGCCAUGUAGAAGCUAAAAUAGAGCUGGACUUUCACCUUUCUCAUAGCCAGCAAACAAUAAUUGACAAUGACUCAAAUAGCCAGAACCUGAAUGGAUCAACCUCAUCAACACAUCUGCUGUUUCAGAUAUUCAUUGCUUUAUUUCAAAUAAUGAAAGCUGGACAUGCAUAUCAUCACACCAGCAAAGAAACGUUUUAUGACCCACUCACAGGGCCGGACAACCCCAAAUCUCAUCAGUGCUAUUCUUUAUGUUGAGCCUCUUGAAAGCAUUUUCUUAAAAAAAUCUUUGGUGGAUUUUGUGCUGUGAUUAGCAAUCAGUAAAGUGCAAUCUUAAAAGAUAAAUAUACUUUCAGUAUGACAACGUUUUGUUUAUUGAAUCUUGCUUCUUCUUUGUUUUUAAUGCCUGCUUAUUGCUUAUGUUGAAAAAUACCCCUCAUGUACAGUGAACUUUGAAACAAUCAGAGGACAUUUCCAGGAUGUGAAAAAAAUAGGCACCUUACAGAAUCACGUUUUCAUUCUGUCCCAAUCUAUCUGUUUUUAUUAUUCAGCUCUGUUUUCUCAGCUGGGUUUUGACAGUGAAAAGAACUUGCUUUGGGGUUUUGCACAGCAGCACUUGACCAUAAGCUGAAACAGACAUCGGCUGCAGUGUUACAGGGAUAGUGUGGUACCUGAUGUACAAUACAGAAGAGCAAUACAUACUGAACAAAGAAAUGAGAAGGAACGUCAACCUCCACUUCGUUCUGUUUGCUGAUGUCAAUACAGGAGGAGAUGUUUUUAGCUGGGCCGACUCAGUCCUCAGUUUGUUCCACGACUCCCUCUGUUGAUUGGUUUGUAGCUCCAGCACAAGGCUCUAAUCAGAUGUGUCUCAGUUAGUGAGUUACUCCAAAUCAUAUUAAUUAAAUAUUUUUGAUGUGUCUCAAACAGUCACUUGAAAUGUUCUCACCUCAGACCAGAUGUAUGUUCAGAUUGUUAUUUGAUUUACCUGAGCUUUGGCUAUACAUAAUGCUGAAAAAUGAAGGAAUCACAUAUGCAUACAUACAAAGUACAUAUAUAUAAAAAUACAUGCACAUUCACAUACAUGAAUACAUUAUGUGUGUACAGUAAAAAUACACUUUAGAUGCAGUUACUGGCAGAAAUAUCUUAUUUCCCAGAGAACAUCACUUACCUUUAAUCAGGAAGCUCAAUUAAACGUUUGUUUAUUUUUAUUUUUUUAAAGAUAUUGUUGCAGGUAUUUCCAAUACUCUACAUGCAGACAUAAACUCAGAGAAUCAGGCCCAUGUUAUUUGAUAGUGCUGCUAAAUGCAUUUGCUGGGCCGAAGCAAGUAAAAAGAAAUGGCAAUCUUUUUGAUAAUAACACCUUGAAAAUCAUACACACACACACACACACACACACACACACACACACACACACACACACACACACACACACAGACACAGACACACCUGCAUGGUUGUACUGAACAACCUCACUUGCAGUAAAGUAGCCAAAUCCAGAAAGUAAUUUCCACACAUGCACCUAAAGUUUGUGGCACCCCUUUGAUGAAAUGGACAACGGUAAUUAUCAUUAUUUAUGUAUAUUGUUUGCACACAUGUCAUUAUGCCCAGUUGUAUUAUCAUUUUGGCAAACGCAUAUCAGCACCUUGUUUGUUUAUGAGUAUGAUUUUCAAAUUAUUUUAUUUCAGAUGUCAAUUUAUAGACGAAUAAUCAUCAUCAUAUUGUAUCAUCCAUAAAAUGUAUGAGAACAUUUUAAUAUUGAGGGGCACUUCGUCAUUUCAUAUAACUUUUUCUUCUGUAAAAAGGAUCUUUUGAAAUGUUGUAAUAUAUGUGAUAGUGAAGAUAAAACCUAUUACAAAGUUCUACAGCCUGUAUAUACAUUGGAAAAAUAGGGCUUUUGAUUAGUAGAUGCAGGAAAUACAUUUAUACAUGUAAAGUCUUUUUUCAGAGACUGUAAUUUAUCUAAUUUGAUAUACAGUGAAAUGGGGCUAAUGGUAUUCAUCUUGUAAAUUAUAUCAUAUGUGCUGUUAUAUAACAGUUUGCUUUCUUUGGUUUGUGGUUAAAUAAGUUCAUGAUCAAAUCAUUUUUAUUCCCAAGGCUGAACCAGUGUUUGCUAUAAUCAACAAAUUAUUUAUAUACAUGGGCCGUAUUAAGGUACUCAAUUCCCAGUGUUCAUAUUUUGCUAUACCUGGACAAGAAAUUAUAUUGAUCAAGCACAUAUCAACACGUGUACUCUCGUAUUCAGUAUAUGACGUUGCAUGCCUUAAUACACCAGUUUUUGCUAAAUUCAAUUUGACUUGAAUAUGGUGUCUCCACAGGACAGGGUCUAUUAUAUUUCCCUUCAGCAUCUCUUUCCUCAUUUUAAAGCAUAAUUUUGUAACGGUAACCAGGGUCAAAGUUAUGCAAUAAUAAUGAAUAGUGCCUAAUAUUGCAAAUGUGUAAUAUCAACUGCUCCGUGCAGAGUUUGGAUUUCAACAUGUCUGCUCAAAUUAAUAAAUUUCGAAUGGGAAACCAUGGAUUUUGAAAAAAGCACAGACAACAUUAUGCAAGUCGGACCUCUAAUGUUCAACUGUCUUUUCGCACUGAGCCUUAUGCCAUUGUGUCAAAUGCAGCAUCCUCCCAUAAAACCUUCACAGGCUGUUUAUAGCUCAUGUUAUUACUUUGCUUGCAAUAAGUCACCUCCUCUAAGGGGAACAGAACUGAGGCCUCUUGAUGUUUCAGCUUCAUCACAUGAAUUCAAUAUAGUGAUUCCGUGGAAGAUUAUGAGGAAUCUUACUCACAGGAAAAAAAUCCCGUGGCUGGGAUUCUGGCUGUAGAGUGACGCCUUUAUUAAUGAAUACUGAUCUUACACUUCUCUAUCAGUUCAAUAUCUAUUUUACUUUCUGUGUAACAUCUGCUUUUGAUUUCCUGGUUUUGAAAUUUUUAAGUAGUUAAGCCAAUGCCUAUGUUUCAAGUUUGCUGAUAUUACGUACAGUAAUCGUUGUUCCUGUAUUUAUGUAAAGUGAGUGUAGUGUAAAUAUAUUCAGAUCUUUUCAUUCUUACCGAAAAAAAAAUUGUGAUAUUGCUCAGCAUUGCUUCAAAAGGGAGAUUCUUUUCAUGGAAUUCCACAUCUGUAAAAGAAAUUUUUAAUCAUGAUAUUUUUCAAAACUUCAAGAACAGGUGUCUUUUUUUCUGUUUCGCUUUUCUUUUCUCCAGGAGUUGUUUAAGUAUCCAGUCAGUGUUUUGCCUUUUUCUCUGUAUUUUUCAUAUGGAUGGAGCUGUGAAAUUAAAAUAAGUUCAAACAUAUACAUGUAUAUCAAUAUGAAUGGAGGCAUGAAGGUUAAUAAAGUUGCAUUUUGUAUGUAA